AUGGCUUCUGUACUUUGGAGGAAAUAUCUGCACUAUCUGCAAAAGUUUCCGUUGCGGACAAUGGCAGGCACAACAGGUACACUGAUGGCUGCUGGAGAUUGUAUGAGCCAGCUUAUCAUUGAGAAGAAACCAUUAGCAGCCUACGAUGGAAUAAGGACCGGGCGAUUUUUUGUUAUUGGUUUCUGUGUCUUUGGCCCUGUGCUGAGGGGCUGGUAUCUAACAUUAGACAGACUUUACACGGGCAAAAAGUUGGCAGCCCUAAAGAUGAUGGCCACAGAUCAGCUCAUAAUGGCUCCUUUCUUUGUGGGCACCUUUCUAACGGGAAUGGGCAUGUUGCGGAUGGAAGGCUUUGAUGUAACGGUUGCAAAAUUGAAAAGGGACUAUGGAACAAUUCUGCUUAACAACUACAAG